AUGGUGGUGCCGCAAGACUCUCACUAUUCCUCUUCCAAGGAAGAAAUCCUUGAUGCCCCUGACGACAUCACUCAUACAGAGGGUCUAAUCACUUCACAACUUAAGCAAGAUGUGACAGCUCUAGGCACUAAGGGAGACAUCAAGGCCCAAAUGAAUAACAUCCGUGCCUUUUUUAAUGCUGACCUAGUGUGGGCAAAUGAGGACAAUGUCUCCUCUAUAGCUCAACAACAGACAGGCAACAAGGAUCUGAUUCAACAACUACAGGCAUCCCAAAAAACCAUGCUGGUCAGAAUGGAUAUGUUGGAAGAUACACGGUGCCACAAUAACUUAAAAAUUGGGGGCAUUGCUGAAACUGUAGAUGAGCAUGAACCGACGCCUUCUGGCUACUCUACAGCCCCAACGUUCUGCUAA